AUGGCACCAGCAGAUGCCCUUCACCAGGAUAAUAUCCUUGACCUUGCCGUGAAAGCUAUCCAGUCAGCGGGCGAUGGACAGCCGAGCCUCAAAACACAAUAUGAGGCUGUGGCUCUGAUCGGCCAUGCAUGCAUGGCAGCAGUUGAUUUCAGAUUGGUUGGUCUCGAUGAAGACCAUAACUUAGAAACAUCUACAGAUACAGCAUCCCUCCCCGCAGAAUGGAACGCUAACGAUACAUUUUCCUUUCGGUACGCACACGCGCAGUCUUCGAUGCAGUAUCUCCUCAAAGUGAGUCGACUUGGAAAUAAUGCAGUGAUCUUCGCACUGGCCUUGGGUGAUGACCGGACCAGCUCGUUCGACAUCCCCACGAAAGACUACAUCUCCGCCUCUGCGCUCCCUCUAUCGUCCUCAGAGAAUAUAACAGCAUCCCUGCGUGAUAUUUUCAUCUCGCCCGCUCGACUAGGUGAUUUGGUCAAUUUGUUCAAAAUAAACGUCGUCCAGAAACUUGCGCCCGGUUUGUACAAAGAGGGGUAUGAAGAUCCAAGCCAGCUGGCCAGAACCAGGCCACAAGAAGAAAGACAACCGGGGAUUCCCCUGGAUGGCUCCCUUCCGCGGCCUGCUCGUCCACGUCCAUUUGAUGAUCCCUUAGCGGCAGCUCCCCGGCGGCCCAACCCACCAGACUUUGCUCCGCCCGGGUUCGAAGAUGAGCUUGAUCUCAACCGGCCCCCUUGUGGAUAUCCAGGAGGAUUCAUUGGAGGCAGAAGCCCAUACAAUAUUGGGGAACGAGAUCUCUACCCAGCAGGACUUGGUCCCAAUGAUCCUUUGCGUGGAACUAUGGGCCCUGGCUUUGGUCCAGGUGGCGGGGGUAUGCAUCCUACCUUUGAUGACCCUCUCUUCGGCGGGAGAGGAGCUGGUAAUGGUGGGUAUGAUCCUCGUGCACCACCCGGUGCACGAUAUGAUCCUGUAGGACCUGGUGAACCACCUGUUGGCCGUAAUCCACGACCCUUUGGUAAUAAUGGACAAGGUGGGGGCGGAUUUGGUGGGUUUGGUGGUGGAUUUGGCGGAGACAUUAUCUAA